UUUUUUUUUAUGAAUCGAGUUUCAUCGCACAACGGUUUAUAGUAGUAUCGCUUCGAGUAGUAGUGAUAAUAAUAAAAUAAUAAUAACAAUAACUUGAUUCGAGGACAUACGGGUUGCAAGGGAGUAGCAAGCAGGUGUUUCUCGUUACCGGGUCUUUCGUACAUCAUCGAGAGGAAAAGAGAGAAAAAGAACGACAAAAACGCUAUAGCCAAAAAAAAUUCGAAUCUCAAGCUCCUGUUCUCCGUCGGGUAUACGCAUUUAUCUUGGGUUUUCUCGCAUGCUUCGUAUAUCUCUCGAGUAGCCACAGCUAGUCGCGUCCUCUUGCGAACAAAACGUGAGCACUUAUCAUCUUUACGAACCACGAACGUUUUUUUUUAAUCUUUUUUUCGUGUUCCUGUAUUCCCACUUAUGUAUCACCGAUAGGGGGGUUAUAUUUCUUAUUUCCGAGGAAUAAUAAUGUACAACUUGUACGAGAGACGCUACGAAUUCGUUUACUGGCGAAAAAAACGGUUCGAGAUUUCGUGCGGGAUACGCUUGAAAUGAAAGGUUAAAGUCAAAAGGUAGUUUUUCAGUCGUUUCGAUCGUUUUGACAAAAAAAAAAAGAAAAAAGCCUCUUCACCGAUAUCUCCGUUCACGAAGAAUUUGAGAGCGCACGCUACAUCGUCGAGCUGUCAACGCAGUUCUCGAUUUCCCUACAUUUUUGGUUAAAAAACCAACUUCGUCGUGAAUCGGCCGCAUCUUUUUACGCUCAAAGUGAAAACGACGACAGUAUACAUAAUUUUUUUGUGAAAAUACGACUCAUUUUUGUUCGACUUGUGAAAGUGUCUCGUUUUCCAAGUGUUUUUUGAAGUCACAAAGAAACAUUAUUAAACAGAAUUUUUCAAGUUCGUCUUUUUGGAACUUUUCGUUCAUCAGUUCGUGUUAGAAUCACUUUUUGAGAUUUCGUCCAUACCCGCAGACUCUAACGAAGCCAGCUAUGGGCUUCGACGUUAAUCGGUUUCAGGGAGAAGUCGAUGAGGAACUCGUCUGUCCUAUUUGCUCUGGAGUUCUAGAAGAUCCUGUCCAGGUGAGUGAUGUGUUACAGGCUCCAGCGUGCGAACAUGCAUUUUGUCGAGUGUGCAUAAACGAAUGGAUAAAUCGUCAGCCAACGUGUCCAUUGGAUCGGACACCAAUAACAUCUGCUCAGUUGAGACCAGUGCCAAGAAUAUUGAGAAAUCUGUUGGCACGAUUAUGCAUAAAUUGCGAUAAUGUUAUGUACGGUUGUCAAAGCGUCAUAAAGCUCGACAGUUUGGCAUCUCAUUUGGAGGAAUGUGAAUAUAACCCAAAGAGGCCGAUGCCCUGCGAACAAGGCUGCAGUCUCAUAAUCCCCAAAGACGAGCUCAAAGAUCACAACUGCGUUAGAGAAUUGAGGAAUCUCAUACAAUCGCAGCAUCAAAAGUUAAGCGACAUGAGACGAGAUCUUGGAGAACAACAGUUCCAGAUCAACGAGCAGAGAAGAGAAAUCAAUUUGCUGAAAGAAUUCAUGAGGGCCAUGGGCAUUUCCAAUCCCGCUAUGAGAGCUAUCACCGAUCAAAUGGAAAGAGACGAGGUUGUCAGAUGGUCCGCUACUUUACCUAGAGCCAGAGUCACUCGAUGGGGAGGAAUGAUCUCUACUCCGGAUGAACUUCUACAGACAAUGAUAAAGAGAACGCUGUCCGAGCACAACUGUCCAAUCCACGUGAUCGACGAGUUAAUGGAAAAUUGUCACGAACGAAAAUGGCCACCGGGUUUGAGUUCAUUGGAGAAACGACAAAACUUGAGACGACAGUACGAGAAUUAUAUAUGCAAACGUGUUCCGGGUAAACAAGCGGUUCUAGUGUUAUACUGUGACAACUCGCACAUGCCUGAAGACAUGAUGGUUGAGCCAGGUUUAGUUAUGAUAUUUGCUCACGGUAUCGAGUAAUAAACACAGGCGGUGAGAAUGAAAAGUCGAAAAUCAAACGAAUUGAGAGGAUAAAAGGAAAAAAAUAUGUGAAAAACCAAUAACUUUGCAGCGUGAAUUUCUUACAAGCGUUUGUCGAUACAGCUGCAAUAUAGUAAGAGUCAUUAUUUUAAGCGUUUGCAGCUGUUCAUUGUCAUUGUAAAUGCAAUAUGCAAACUAUGGAUAUACGCACGAAGUUUGCGGUGUAGUUAAAAGUGCAAUGAGAAAGAUAUUAGAAUCAUGAACAGCGGCCGGUUUAUUAGCGAAAGAAAUAUUAUUCUUUUCAUUUAUUUUUCUUAACAUUUGUUUUUCUUUUUUAAUAUUUGUUUAUAUUUUUAAACAAACAAGUGAGUAGCGAGAGUGUGAUUUUUGGGGUACGAAAGACAAAAUUAUUGGCUACAAGUCACUCCGAUGAAAUUCAUCUAAAAGUUCAUGAGUACUCGUGCAAUGAAUAUGCCACUGAAUUAUUCGCGUUUAAACAAACAAAAAUGCUUAAGAGAGAUAAUGUGAUUGCAUCAUGCUUUAAAAAUAAUAAUAACUAAUGAAAUGAAAAUCGACCGUUUGAUACGUUAUCGCUCAAAAACAAAUGAAUUUUUGCUGUCAAGUACAGUUCAACCAGCGAUUCAAACCAACGUUCACACGAACGUCCUACACACAGACACAAACGAACAAAUAUUUUUUUAAUAGAAACAAACAUAAGUAAGAAAUGGUGAGCAAGAGUGUGAGAGAGAGGAGUAUAAAAAAAAACGAAUUUUCGAUCCAAAUUUGUUUCGAUGAUGAUGAGAUAUAUGCGUAUAUGAUUUAUUAUUGUUAGCGAAAAGACUGUGAUACCACGCAUUAAGAUAAACAGAAAAUAGCGAAAAUGAAAGAAAAAAAAAAAAAAAAAGAGGUUUCCACGAUUUAUUCAUUACAUACUAAUGCUACUUUACUCCAAGUAUUUUGAUCUUAAUACAAUCUCAUUGCAAGCAUAAUAUAUGCUCGAAACGUAAAGUUUUUUUUUUUUUUUAUUUCGUGCGUCGACCUAUUUACAUGUAUUAUAAAUAUUUGCUACGAUGGCCGUAACUACUUUAUAACUGUUUUGUAAUCGAUUAAUAUUUUUUUUCUCCUCCGUUUCUUUUUUUUGUUGAUUUUAGAUGUAAAUGCCUUGAGCUGUGUGCUUUUUCCAUCGUUGAUACAUGAUUUUUCAAACUCUCCGAUAUCUUUUGAAUAUUUUUCUUUCUUUUUCUUACACGCCAGUGAACUCUAUUCAUUUCAUUAUUUUUCAUCUUAAUUCAGUGAAUCUGUAUACUUACGUGGAUGCUAAUGCGAAAUGCUUGAAUGUGAUGAGGAAACGUUUUUUCUUUUGUAUGUAUAAUAAAACCAAUAGAUGUCAAA